AUGCGUUCAUUGACCUCCCGUGCCGGGCACUGUGUGGCUCUGGGGCCCGGCAGGGACGCCCGCCCUGGGAGUUCUCCUGAGGGAAGGGUGGGGGAUUUUGAAGGGCUGGGACCUGGACUCCGUCUCCUCGACUCCUGGUCACCCUUUCUCUGGGGUCAGUUUCCCAGGCUGUGUGGUUGGUUCGUGUGCGGCCGGUUGUCAGGUGUCCUCUGUCCCGUCCCGCAGCUGCAGCUUUCUCCUGUGGAGCUGUCCGAGCUCCAUGCUGAUCUGAAGAUGCAGGAAAGGGAUGAAUUCAGCUGGAAGAAGCUAAAGGCGGAAGGUCUAGACGACGACGGGGAGAUGGAAGCAAAGCUCAUCCGCAGCCUCAGCGUCAUCCUGGCCAAGUACCACCUGGACGGGAGGAAGGACUCCCGGGCGCUCAGCAGCAACUCCCUCAACGACGGCACCGAGCAGGACAGCCUGGAGGACCCCAGGCUGGAGAAACUGUGGCACAAGGCGAAGACCUCCGGGAAGUUCUCCAGGGAUGAGCUGGACAAGCUGUGGCGGGAGUUCCAGCACCACAGAGAAAAAGUUCGAGAGUAUAAUGUCCUGCUGGAGACCCUGAGCAGAACAGAAGAGAUUCAGGAGAAUGUCAUCAGCCCCUCUGACAUGAGCCGCGCGCAGGAGGAAGCUGUGCUGCACAGCAGACACGCAGAGCUGAAGGACCGGCUGCGGGGUAUCAGCCAAGGCUACGACCGCCUGCGCAAAGUCAGCCACCAGGGCUAUGGUGCUGAGGCCGAGUUCGAGGAGCCGCGGGUGAUUGAUCUGUGGGACCUGGCCCAGUCAGCCAAUUUCACUGAGAAGGAGCUGGAGUCCUUCCGGGAGGAGCUGAAGCACUUUGAGGUGAAAAUUGAAAAGCACAACCACUACCAGAAGCAGCUAGAAAUUUCACAUCAGAAACUGAAGCAUGUGGAGCGGUUCGGAGACCACGAGCACGUCAGCCGGAACAAAGAGCGCUACGCCCUGCUGGAGGAGAAGACCAAGGAGCUGGGCUACAAGGUGAAAAAGCACCUACAGGACCUGUCCGGCCGGAUCUCCAGGGCACGCCACAACGAGCUCUGAUGCCCGGACUGGGUGGCUUCUGCAUGAACAGAACCUCGGGGAAGUGUGACAGUGCUCAGCAGGGUGGGCCAGCCUCAGACUGCGCGUGUGCCUGGCGGGGGACCUCCACGCUGCCCCCAGCCCCCAGCCGCCCCAGCAGAGCUGCUGCCCGUGGCCGGAGUGCUGGUUCCGGCUGCCGACAGGCAUCCUCUGCUGCAGCAUCACCGUUCCCGCGAGACUUGUGGACCUGCCGCUGGGAAUCCCGAAUUGGAGUCCUGUACAAUGAUUGUGACAUUUAAUUCAUCAGUGAUCUGACGCACUCUCGCUA